GGGAAGCGCUGUAAGAUGAAAACUGUAGAACAUUUUUAUUUAGUAUUAUUAGGUUAAAAUAUACUAAUAGAUAUACUAUAUAGCAGUUGAUUCUGUAUAUCUGUAAAAAGAAAAAGAAAAAAAGGUUUGUGGAAAUAUUGGGAGAUGGUGUCCACUCUCUCCUCUUUUCAGACUCAGUUAGCGUCCAUCAUGGAAACACUCGUGCAGACAGCCGUGUUAGAGAUAGGCAAGCUCGUGGAUGUGGAGUGUGAGGUGUUGUUGUCGGAGGUCACCCGCAGCCGCAGUGAGAUCAGUGCUCUGAGGAAGAGACUGAGGCUGAUGGAGGUCCAGCUGUGGACGAGCACUGGACAAACACUCACACACAGUCUCACGUGUGUUAAGAGUGAAUGUGACACAGAGGAGAUGCACGAUCAUUUGAACAGGUGUAGAGGCCCAGCAGGAGACAUCCCAAAAGUAAUUCAGCAAGACCAAGCAAGUUCUCUUCUUUAUGACAGUCCACAGCAGAAGUGUGAGGUAAACCAGCCAAGUAGUGUGGUAAAGCAGGAGCAACCGGAAGUAGAUGUUUGGAUUGUGCAAGACAACAGUGAAGCAAGAACCCAGUGUGGUGAAGCUGUGACCCUGUCACCCAUCAAGGAUGCUCUCAAAACGGUUCCUUGUGUUGACAGAGGACAUCGAGAAAAUGCAACCGCAAGAGUCGCAUCUAAAGCAGAAUCACCAAAAGUGAACAGAAACGCCUCCCCUGGAGCAAUCACAGUGAAGCAGACUGUUGCAAACAGUGAUCCAAACACUUCUAGAAGUCACACACAGAGUCUGAGUGCAUCACACUCCGCAAGAACAUCAAGUGCCUCCACUAUUUCAGGGGAUAAGCGUUUUGUUUGCUCCUACUGUUCAAAGAGGUUCAGGUGUUUUAGUCAACUUACAGUGCACCAGCGGAGUCAUACAGGUGAGAAGCCAUACAGGUGCACGCUUUGUGGAAAGAGCUACAUUCAGAAAGGACACCUGUACACCCAUCAGCGCACCCAUACCGGAGAGAAGCCAUAUCGAUGUUCGCUCUGCGGAAAAGGCUUUAUUCAGAAAUGCACGCUAGACAUGCAUCUGCGAAGUCACACUGGAGAAAAACCCUACACUUGCACAAAAUGUGGGAGAGGGUUCACAACCAAAUUCAAUCUUAACAAACACUUAUCUUGUCAGACUUGCAACAACAUUAGUUAAUGACAGUGAGCUUGAGUAAAUGUGCUGAUUUCAGUUUCAAACUGCAUUGAUUUGCACUCCACGGAGAUCAUUUAAAACAAUUUACAGUUUGAUAAAGAUUGAUUCAUGUGGCAUCAGAUCAGCAUUAAAUGCAAAAUCAUGUCUGAAAACAAUGAAACUUUCUCUUUAUUUAUAUUUAUUCAUUGCAUUAAACACCAGCAUAUUUUCA